UUGACAAGAACAAGUGUGAACAACCAAACCUAACAAGUUUAAAUCGGAUUAUACUCCUCCAAAACCAACCCAUAACAACACCAAAGAUUUCCAAAAUAAAAAUAAAGGAUUCGAAUACACUUCCCCAUAAGCUUUGAAGGAUACAUGUGCUACAUUUCUUGACUGGAUCACUGUGCCUGAUGAUAUUAUUGAUGCUAUUUGGAAGGAUGUAAAGGAGAAUUUGAAUGUAUGUCUAGAGGAGUAUAAGCCAAUUUGCAUGAAAACCUGCAACAGCAUAUGGAAGGAUCACAAGAAUAAGAUUGAGACCAAGUAUUUCAAGGCUAGAAGUUCUGAUCCCAAUCUGAAGGAUGAUGUUCCUUUGCACAUUGUGUCAAGCCAGUGGAAAGAACUUGUGAAGUAUUGGCAUACUUCCGAUGUUGAGAUGACUAGCAAGAGGGAGUCUACUGAUAAGAUGAAUGUUUGGCUUAUGACACGUAGAGCAAAUGACCCUGAGGUUAUCCAGAGCUUGGAUGAGUUUAAUCGUCAACUUUUCAUGCUACCUAAGGAUUGCCGGACUUUAGAGGCUAGGAAUGCCAUUUUCCAUGAGUCGAUAGGUCAUGGCGGACAUGGAUAUUGUCGCACUUAUGGGAGAACUGUGCCCCAGAGCGCGAUGUAUAAAGAUGGUGCUAGGUCAUCAUAGUCAACACCCCAGCCAUCGAUUAUUGUUCAAAUCACCCAGCAGGUUUGUGUGGAGCUAAAGGAUGAGUUGAGGGAGGAGCUGAGGAAGGAGAUGUGAGUAGAGUUUUCUAUACAUUUACAACAGAUGAGAGUUGAGAUGAUGGCCUUUGUGUCACAGGGGGCGAGUCUGGAUCCCAACAAACAGAUAUUUCCCGAGUGGGAGUUUUGCUUCUUGUGGAAUGCAUGUCUGUGAAGAAUGCAACUAAUUUUUGUUUUUGUUACCCACGGAGAAUGAUGAGCAAAACUUGUAAUUUUGGUUUAUGUUAUUUUGAAUUAUGAACAAUAUUAUGUAUUUAAACAUUAUAUAUGUAUUAUGGAACAUUAUGUAGUGGGGUAAUUUUGUUGAUGCGUAGUUAGGAAUACAAGAAUAUUUUUAUUA